CGAGAGAGGAAACAUAAGCAUCAUCUCUCAGCUUCUUGAUGACUGUUACAUCCUCCUGUGUGUAUCGGGGCCUGGACUAUUCUGCGCUGGUCGUCGAGUGGCUCCGGAUCUCCAUCAUUAUCUGUAAAUAUGGUUCUCCCCCUCUCCAGUGGGUGUCCUUCAGUUUUGGACUCCAGUGUUGGAUUUCCAAAUCAUCCAGCGUGGAGACCACUCUGGAGAUAACAAGGUCAACUGAACGAUUAAACGUAAUCAACAAAACAUCAGUUUGUAUGUGUGCAGAGCGUGUCUGCCACUGAUCUGUGGUGGCACCAGGUGAACUGCAGUGGGUCAUGGUUUACCCUCAGAUUAAUUGGCCUGGGAGGCAUCAGUCCAAAUACAUAAACUGUAUACUGUACUGUAUAUUUGGGACGAGGAAUAUGUGACACAGUUGCCUAAUCGUGCAUCAUUGCAUGUGUACAGAGACUAGUUUUAAUAGCUGUUGAUGGCUUGGGAGUUUGGAGUUUGGAGAAACAGCAAAUUGCAUUUUAUAUACCUGACUAGGCUGAAUUGAUUCUUCAGUAGCUGUUUUAAGACCUAAUAAUGUUCCAGAUCUAAUGGCUUAGACUGAGCCUGCAGAAUGUAGUCUAGCUGUAUGGCAACUUGCAACAUGCUGUUGAUGUCAAAUAGGGACAGAUAUGAGACCUCAAUACUUUGGAGUACAGACUGAAAUGUGUCUGCAUUUAUAGCAUCAAGUAUUGUAACUAGUACCAGGUGUCAAAAACAUACCUUGCUAAUUCUUUAUUUACAGAGGGCAUACACGGUAUAUUGUAUGAUCACAUUACACACUGAUGCAGGUUUUUUGUAUUUUAUUAAAUGAAAAAGGCUUUUGUAGAAAAGUAAGGUACAGAAAACAAUAAUUAAAAAACAAUAAUUCAUGACACCUAGUUCUCUCUUAGUCCCUGUAUUACUUUAAAUGUUCCUUAAAAGUUCGUUUGAACUUGACCUACACAUGCCCACCACCUGAACUGUGAACAGUGUAAGUCCAUCUGUCCAUCCAACGAUUUGGUCCAAAGCAAACUUGUCAUGAAAUUUUGAUAUUUAUGAUGAUAGAUAUUUAUGAUGGCACCCAGAUGAUGAUUGUUGGUGACACCCUGACCUUUGACCUGACCUUUUCCUUGUGCUUCUGUCAGGUAAAAACCGACGGCACGAUGUUUAGGACCCCCAUGGCCACCAGAGGGUCCCCAAGGGCACUUGCAAUUUUCCAUAAGAUUACUUGAAACUGUUUUCAAGGGUAAUCGAACAAAGAUGUAGCUGUGGUUGCGAUUUUAAAAGACAAACAAACAAAUGAAAGUUGUUAAUCUGUUUAAGGUAAAUGUCUGUGUCCACAUCAAAGCAACAUAUGUGAGAAGAAGUAAUGGUGCUUAAUGUAUCAUAUAAGAAAAGCCCAGCAAAUACAACGAAAGGUGGAUGGGAAAACAAACAGGUAAAAACCAAAACAAAUAAGUGUUAACUUGUUGACAACAGGAUGUGAAACCAGAAGAGUUGGCUCAUUUGAAUCAGCCAACUAAAUACAGGUCUGAGUUCAGCUUCAAAUUGCCAAUUCCACAUCUUCACUCACUAAAAAUAUAACCUGGCAACAGAAACAGCUCAUAUGAUCUGAUCGCAGAACACAGGGAACAUAAAGAAAACUUAAGUAAGACGAGACAUGACAUGACUAUUGAUCUCAACAUGUAACAUCCUUACAUGUUGUCUCUUCUCUCCUUUCUGUUUACUUUCUCACACAUUAUUAAUGGCCCUUUCAGAGGUUUGAUGGAGGAGUUUGACUGGUGUACAGUAUAUUUACAGUAUGUGUGUUGGGCUGCCAUUGAGAAAUAUAUAUAAUAAUAUAUAAUAUGGCAAAGGUGCUCUCUGGUGUAGUUUUUGAAGGCUGUUAAGUUGCACCAGUCUAAAAUAUCCAUAGAAAAUAUUAAUAGGAUGCAAGAAACUCAGCAAACAUGUUUGUUCCUGGGACUAAAACCUGUCAAAAUAAAUUCAGGGUUUUUUUUUGUCAGUUCUUGUAUUAAUUGCUUUUGGUGGAGUGCUGCAUGGUCAGGGAAGACAAUUUUUUGGGAUGUGUUAGUUUGACACAAUAAGCUAAUGACACUAACAGGUAUAAUUACUACUGAAUGCAAUGCUAAAACCUUGAUAAUUGGGAUACACAGCAAUAACCCUAAGGGCCAAAUAAAUGGACAAAUAAUAUGACAAUCAACACACAUGCUCUUGGAAUAUUUUUCUGACGCCAAGUACUGCUGCUUGGUGUUUAGAUUAUGGAUUUUACACAGUAAUUUGCUAUUUUCUCAAGCAGUUUUUCAAUUAAAAUAAUAGAUGUGAGUCAACAAGAAGCAGAUAUUCAGAUAUUCUGAAGCCUUGUAUCAAAUAUGAUUUUAUAUUUCUGUGAUGGAGCUCGUGAACAUGUGAACAAAUUAUUUUGUUAUUGAAAUUUGUGCUUCCUUCCUCAGGAUCACAGUGCUUGCAGUAGGUUGGUUUUUUGAUAUCAUUAUUGUGGGCAUGUAACACUAGUGUAUUGUCAAUUACCCACUGAUUUUCCUUUGUACAACUUGUAGUCCAGAAAUCAUGGGGGCUUGCAGCGUAAAAUGUGUGUAAAUUAGAGGAAAGAAAGUGGCUAAUCAGUGUUAGUAAUCUGUUCUCCUCCGUGAUUACCAUCUCAGUACACAAUGUAAUGUAGCCUGUACUAUAUGCCAUGUGUGUUUCCAGCACAAAUCUUAUUUUUUCAAAUUUUUGAAAACCUAACUCAUGUUUUCCACACACAUUAAUUCACAACAAGGAUAACAAAGAAUAAACAAAAAAAAUAAAACAAUUAACUAAUAGUAUUAACAUAUGACUGUUAAAACAGUUGUGUACAAAAGAAAAAUAACAAAAAUGCAUAUGAUUAAAAUAUAGAUAUGAUUAGUAAAACAAUUUUUUAUGAGAUUUUGAUGGAUGCUAUUGUCGUAGACAAUGUAGUGCAACGGUGUAACACUUUUUGUUUUCAAAAAGCAGAUUUAUCCUGAUUAAUGAAAUCCCCAUUUGAUUGUAUGUGACUCCAGCUGCAGCGGAGUGGUUUCUCAUAACUAAGGCAGAUUGUUUUAUGUACUCCUCUGGAGGUGGGGUAAACUAAAUAUUACCAAGGUUAGUGUUGUAAAACUCUGAAUGACAGCAGUUCUCACCAUUGCAGAAAUGUUUUAACCUAAAAUAUAGUUUUCUUUUAUAUUGAUCACAUUUAGGAUUUUGGCAAAAAUCGACAGAUUCUUUUACAACUUAAACGUUGCCUAAACGCAGUCUAAGACAAUCCACAGAGUAUAUCAAUGAAUCACGUAUUGAUGUACACAUUGGCUCUUGCGUUAACCUGUUGACAGGAUAACAAGAUGUGUAUGAGUUUGUAAACAAAACUAGAAAAUGUUUCCCAACAUACCUAAAUGUUCUUCUGUUUGAAAGUCAAACUUCACCUGAAUGCCUCUUUUCGCCACUGUCUUAUUUUAAUAAUUUCUUCUCUCAGUUAGCGGGCUAAUCACUGUUCUUAGAAACGGUCUACUUUUUUCAUCUGCUCGGUGGGCGAGUCCAUUCAUCUGCAGGGGUGGCUACUAUCAUCAUAUUUAUCAAAACUGACCCGCAGUUCGAUGUUUUGGGCUCAUUCAAACGCGAUGUGUUGAAAUACAACCUUCGCCCGGUUUUGGUCGAUGGAGAGGAUACGAUAGGCCACAGCGCGGGGUGUUUUAUCGCCCUCCGCGCUCUGCGCACCCCUCCGCUGCGGCGCGGUGGAAGCGGCUGGAAUAACCUUGGUGUGAGCCAGUUGAGCGGUUGGAGAGAAGAGCGAGAGGCUGAACGGUGCGGCGGCGGAACAUCAGCGAUCGCUGGCGUGAACAUGGCGGAGACCGUACGCUCGCUCUUCGACUACCGGGACCCACACAGCCUGGACAGCGACGGAGAAGGCGUCAAACCGGCACCGCCACUGCGGGGGCGCGGCUGUGGAAGGAAAAGGAAGGGGACACCCGUGAAAGUCUUUGUUACACACACCGAGGAGGAGAGCGUGCCUGAACACAGUUUCAACCCAGGUGAUCGUAAGGAGGCAGCAGAGAAUAAACGGCCCACACUGGAUGGGCCUUUCUACAACACAGAGCCUGUGCCUCACAACUGUGGUCCAUCGGAGCAGGCUCACGACAAAGCCUCCUCUGGAUCCAAGACCAGCUCCUGCUCAGCCUCCACACCAGCUCCAGCUCCAGCCGCUUCCUCAGCCCCGACCCCGACACCUGUCCCCGCUCCUGCCCCGGCCACAGCCACUUCAGCUCAGGCCCCGUCUCUGACGCCAGCGUCCACGGCUCCGGCAGCUCCGACCGCCUCUGCUCCAGCCCCAACGGCCAGCUCCUUCCCUCCCUCCCCCAACUGCCGCAUCCGGGAGGUCCACUGUGGCAGCCAGGUGCGGCUGGUCGUCAUCGCCAUCCGAGACAUCACCAAGGGGGAGGAGAUCACCGUGGACUACAGUCUGACAGAGUGGGGAGAGAAUCUGGGCUUCCGUGGUACUGUGUCUCCAGCACAACACGACUGUAACUCUGACACUGAGAAUAACAACAAUAUCAAAAAGGAGGAUGAGCCCCUCUCUCUGACAGCCCAGCAGCAGCGGCAACAACAGCAGCAGCAGCAACAUCAGCAGCAGGAGUAUGUCACCCCAUCUUGGUCCCUCUCCCCCUCCUCCUCCCCCAUCUCCCACUCUGAUGCCAGUGACUCAGACGGUGGGGAUGAGGACAACACCAGCCCCCGUGGGCGUGCGCUACGCCGCCGCAAGAAACGUCGCGGCACUCCUUCAAAGAAAAAGACCCCCCAUCGGAUCCCACCCGGGCGGCCGUCGCCGGUCUCCCCCGCCGGCAUUCCCCAUCACAACCGUCCACUCCCGCCUUCGUCUCAUGCUCCAGCACAGUCCUCCCCUCCCUGCUCAUCUUCCUCCUCUUCAGCUAAGCCUGUGUUCAAAGCUCCGGCUCCGCUGGGUUCCAACGCCACGAACGUCAACUCAAGUGUCCCCAGAGGAGGAGUUUCCAUAGACUCCAUGCGCCAAACCUGCGAGUACUGUGGGCGCCACUUCCGCUCCCUGGGACGCCACUUAGACAAACACCACGCCCACCAGCCAGAAGUGUGCUCCGCCCUGGUUGAGCGCUACACACAGAUGCCCCGCCUGCACGCACAGAACACAAACCCUGCCACGGCUCACACACACUCUCAGCAGCACUCGAGGUCGUCGCAGGUCGCAGGGCAGGGCCGCAGUUCAGAUCUUCCGCAGAGCGGCGUCCAGGAUCUCUCCAUGUCUCCACCCACUCUCACGGCAGCCAACCAAUCCCCUUCCUCCUCUGGAAGGAACUCCACCCCGCCUGUGCUGACUCCUCCACGAGGUCAGAACACCGGAGUUCCCGUGUCGGUCUUAAAAAGGAGCCCGCCCCCCGUGGCUGUGACGCACUCCAGGAAGGGAGCGAUGAGGAGGUUUAAAAGAGACAGACAGGAGGCGGAGGAAGAUGAGGAGGAUGAAGAUGAAGAAGAUGUGGAGGUUGUGGAGGUGAAGAGGCCCAAAGAGGAGGAGGAUGUAGAGGUGGUGUGUCCACAGUCCUUCAGCAGCAAGUCGGCCAAAGAGAUGGAGCCACCAAAAGAGGAGGAAGAUGAGGAGGAUGAGGAAGAAGAGGAAGAGGAGGAGGAGAAUGGAGUGAUGGAGGUGGAAGAUGAAAGUGGGGCAGAGGAUAAGGAGAAGGACUUACUGAGUUCAGGGCGUCACCACAUGCUGCCCCUGCUCUCGUCCUUGUCCUCCCUGGUUCUGUACCUUCGUCGGCUGCAGCACUCGGCCUUCCUGUCCCUGUCUCGACAGCUGCAGUCUGCCGAGGCCUGGCGCCUUCUCUGCCACUCCAGCCUGGCUCUUUUGAUCCUGUACAACCGACGGCGUGAGUGUGAGGUCUCCAAGCUGUCCAUCGCUGAGUAUCGUGCUCGUGUCACUCCACAGUGCCCCUGUUCCUGUCCCGCCUGGUGCCCCUCCAGCUCUCACCCCACUGGAGGCCUCCCUGUCCCCCUUUGAGCGCCUGGUG